UCACUUAACUGCCAUUUUGUACCGGAGAAACAGCUCGGUCAGACGAAGCUAAACCCGAAGUUGGCCUAUUAAAAUUCACUUAAUUUAGUAUUUUGUAAACCUGGUCAAGAUAUUUGACGUUUGGCCUGUUGGCGUAGGUAGAGUUAGUUUCGUUUGGUCCUCUUGCAGCAAGUUAAUGUCGGUUAUCACGUCGGACUUCAUCUUGUUUACCUUGUGGCCUUAACUGCCGGAGCACAGACCCGCAGCUAACGUUACCCGCUAGCGUUAGCAUUAGCUUGCUAACGUAAUCUAGCCUGGUCGGUGGCGAAAUGGCGGCCAACGCGACACAGACAACCCCUACAACCAACUGGUCUUAUGGGGCUGCCCCAGAAGGCCAGGUUCAUGAAAACCCAGAGUGGGAGAAGGCAAGACAGGCUCUUGCCUCCAUAAGCAAGAGUCAAAGCGCUACCAAGACUGCACAGGCAAGCCGGACUACAGCAGAGGCUGGUCAGUUUCAGCCAGCAGUGACUGACACUGCUGCCGUCCAGCAACAGCAGUACUACCAGUGGUACCAACAAAAUCAACAGCAGUAUCCUGGAUACCCGUAUCCCUAUAACUACUACUAUCCCAUGAGCCCAUAUGGAGCCACCUAUCCACCAAGUCAGUAUGGCGUACCUCCAGGCCCUUUCCCAGGACCUCCAGCUCCUAAUGGACAGCCCCCUCCUGUGCCUGGAAUGGAGGACCAAUCAUCCACCUACCCUUCUCAACCUCAGCCCCCACCUCCUGCUACCCCUCAGCCCCCCCAGAGCCCAACCACCUCAGAGAAACCCCCUCCUCCCCCACCUCCGUCCAUUCCUCCUCCACCCAACUCCCAGUAUCCCCCACCUCCAUCCCAAAAUGCUUACAAUGCCAACAACUCUAUGCCUUACCCACCUGGUGACCCUAACCAAAUGCGAGCUUACAAUCAUAGCCAUGGAAGACCCAACUAUGGACAGAGCUACCAGCCCCAGAACACCUAUCAGGCUUCUCAGAAUAACUCCCAGCAGCAGCAGCCGGGUCAGUACGGACCAGGGCUUGGCAGAGGAGAGGCCAACAAAAACAAAAACCAAAAACAAGGACAGCAACUCUGGCACCGUAUGAAACAGGCACCUGGGACAAGUGCUGUUAAGUUCAAUAUUCCUAAGAGGCCCUAUCAGGUUCAGUGUUCCUUAGUUCCAAAUCAGACCUUCCCUCCUGGAGAGCAACCCUCAGGACUGAAUCCAACCCCUUCCUCACCUGCAACAGCUAAUGCUGCACCUGGAGGUGCUCAGACACGUCCCCAGGACUGGCCCCAGGCCAUGAAGGAGUAUGUGCAGCGCUGUUUCACAGCCUGUGAGACAGAAGAAGACAAAGAUCGCACAGAGAAGGUGCUGAAGGAAGUACUGCAGGACCGACUGAAGGAUGGCUCUGCCUACACCAUUGACUGGACACGAGAGCCAUUGCCAGAAUUGAAGGCCAAGCAGUCCCGUUGGGAGGCUGUGCCAUCCCAGAGGACGUUGGAUAGCUCAAUUAGUCGCGGUGGAAGUACGGUGGCAGCUUCAAGAGGCAGGGGUGGUGGACACAGAUUGGGCCAUUACAGGAAUGUCUUCUCUCAGAGGAGCCCCUCUUCCAGUUCCUCCCGCUCCUCCUCUCGUUCUCCAUCACCCUCACACAGCCGACACAGGGAUCGUAGCAGCCAGAGGCACAGGCGCAGUGAUUCUGGCUCUCAGUCAGACAGCAGCAUAUCCAGUGAUCCUCGACCUCAGCUGUCGCGACGAAAUCAGAAAGGAGGACGUGGCCGUGGUAAUGACAGGGACCGAGGACGUGGCGAGAGGGGACGAGGAAGAGGAGGAAAAGCCAAUAGAGGAAGGAGAAACAUGGAUGACUCUGGUAUGGGCAAAAAAAGGAAAGGUGGAAGCGCUGGUCUGGAUUUCCAUGACCCGAACCGCGAGGCCAAGAAACAAAGCAGAGCAGCGCGCUUCCACAAACAGCUUCGCUCAGAGCCCCUGGUCCUCUCUAUCAGUGCCCUGGACCUGCCCAAUGGAACACAGGAGGGCCUCAGCUGGGAGGACUGCCCCAUUGUGGGAACCUGCCAGGACAUCACAAAGAAUUACCUGAGGCUCACCUGCGCCCCUGACCCCUCCACUGUGCGCCCUGUGCAUGUGCUUAGAAAAUCUCUGCAGGCAGUGAAGACCCACUGGAAGACCCACCAGGACUACACUUACGCUUGCGAACAGAUGAAGUCCAUCAGACAGGACCUUACGGUCCAAGGAGUUCGCACAGACUUCACCGUGGAGGUGUAUGAGUGUCAUGCACGCAUCGCUCUGGAAAAGGGCGACCAUGAGGAGUUCAACCAGUGCCAGACCCAGCUGAAGGCCCUGUAUAAGGAAAAUCCAUCGGAGAACAUUGGGGAGUUUACAGCAUACAGAUUGCUGUAUUACAUCUUCACUAAGAACUCUGGAGAUUUGACCACUGAACUGGUGUACUUGACUCCAGCACUGCGGGAGGAUGACUGUGUGGCUCAUGCUCUUGCUCUCCGUGCUGCCUGGGCUCUUGGCAACUAUCACCGUUUCUUUAAGCUGUACCUGGCAGCCCCACGCAUGGCCUCUUACCUCAUUGAUAAGUUUGUAGAGAGGGAGAGAAAGAUCGCCCUGCGGGCCAUACUUAAAACAUUUAGACCCGAUUUGCCGGUGCAGUAUGUGCAGUCCACACUGGGCUUCCCUUGUUUAGACUCCUGUAUGGCCUUUCUUACUGGGCUAGGGGUCACCUUCUUCCCCUCUGACCCCAACAAGAUAGACUGCAAAGCCAGCUCAGCUGUUUUGGCUGCGUCCUGAGGGGGGGGGAAUGAUGCAGGGGAGGGGGGGUGCUCAUAAAGGGAAAUACUUAAGGACCAGCAAGGAGCCUCUUAUAUGAAUGCACUGCACUUCAGACACCUCAGCCUAACCAGUUGAGAUAGAGUAGUACUGAGAAAUCCCAUAGAAAGAUGUACACUAGCUGUCUCUGCUGCAAGACCUAAGAUUAGUUUUCAGAACACAGAUUUAAUCAUUUCACUCUCAGAGAUAACAACUGAUUUUAACGUUAGGGAAAUAUCUGCAAACACUACCAGUCAAAUGUUGUAGUUUAGCCUAGUGUCCAGGUUGUUUCUCAAGAUGUAUGUGAUGCCAGAAACAUGAAUAUCAUGUUAGAUUGGAAUAAUCUGUAUUUCCAGCACCGUGAGGCCAAGCAGUAGCAGAAACAGAUCAGGGAGGAGCUUACCCUCAUGGUUCCCUAUCCAUUACCACCCUCAGUUGUCAAAGCUAACAGUGUUUUGUUAUGUUUUUUCCUUCCUCAAGUCAACAGCUCCAAACUCCUGAAGAUUCAAGCCUUGUCACCAAAACAGAAAAGAAGAGCUACUCUUCAAGUCAUUCAUCAGGCCAUCACCUACUUUGACGACAAGCCCAGGAGUUGAGGUCAACUUUGCAUUUUCCUCAAGAGACUGUAAGCCUAUGCUGAUGUGAGGAAAUGCCAGCAAGAAGAGGAGGUGGUUUGUAUGUCCUGUCCUGCCCACUGUUCCCUCUAAUUAUCUGCGAUUCACUCUUCAUCCUGUUCCUGCUUUCCAACCAUACCUCCCAGUGCCAUGGACUGACAAGUCUGGUUCCUGAUUUCAUGAAAUAAUUCGUCCAUUACCUCUUUCCGCUCACAGUUAUGAAACCGUUGCCCAGCAUUUGGAAAAGUGUUCCCUUUGAAAAGUAGCCUAGUCUAUAAUACGUCUCAAUGUGAGCAUUGACUUUAUGUAGAGUAAUGAUGCAGGAAAGUGUUCAACAUGGCAUCCCUGAUCCUCCUAAUUCCCCGGAGCCAGAGUCCCACUUCCAAAUCCCAGUGCAGCCACCGAUACAGAGGGAAUCUGCAGCCUUUGUUUCCAGGUAGAAGUCUCCUGUUGGCACGCGGAAUCCUGGAUAGCCCAGUCAGCACUUUCUUUGACAGCGAAUUACAGCGGUGAAGCACAUCUUUGAGUCAUCGGCUCCAGCCUUAUGACCAUGGAGAUGUCAUCAACAGAGUCGACGAGGACCACUGUCUUCAGAUACAGCAGUAGAUUAAUUCUGCUUACUGAAGCACCAGAGGUUAACCCUGUUGCUUCUCCAUGAAGAAAUGGCAAGAGCGGUUUGUAUUCUCCACCUGGCUCUGGUUGGCAGGCAGAGCACGUAUGUAUGGCUGGUAAGAGAAGGGGACUGCUGUGGAAGGAGUUGGAUGACAACACUGUAGGGAUGUAUGCCUCACGUCCCCUCUGUGUGUGAAUAACGUAAAGGAUAGCUUCCGUCUAUAAAUGAUAUGUUUUUCUCUUUAUUUUUUUAUUUUUUUCCCUCUUUGGACAGCAGUAUUGACCUUCCUCAUUAAAGUGAUUUCGAAGUAGAAAACAUAAUUUUGGAGCUGCAUUCAGCUUUUAACACACAUUCACAGUUAGAUUUUGAUCAAAUUAAUUGAGUAUAAUGCAAAUUUUAAGCGCUGUCUGCCCGAAUUGGAAUGAGUAAGAUCCCAGGGAUAUACAAAGACUUGCUGCUGUCUGAAUGUGAUAUGAUAAAGUAUUCAAAGCUAAACUUGUGAUUUUUACACUUUUGCAAAAAGUCGUUUUCAAUAAAGACGGAGAUUUGAGAUGAAUGAGAAUAGCUCUUUCAUAUCCAGCUUAUUUAAGUAAUUCUGGUGAUAAUAUUUUCCUCAAUUAAACAAAUUGACAGUUCUGCCCACAUAUCUGGUCACAUUAAUUGGAAAUAAACAGUAGAUUUCUAAAGCGGCAGUGGCACCAUAGUUUUCUGAUGUGAUAUUUUGGUCGUUUAUCUUCUAAAAGCUAGUACUGAUCACUACCUAGAUAAAUUGUGAUGGUGGUCAGCAAUAUGUUUUAAACCCUGUGCCAGGAUUUUAAUCAUAAAUGUACAGUUAAUGAUUAGAUCUGCUGAAAGAAGGAAUUUGCAUGUUACAAAAAUAGUGAUGUAAUUUGUUCGACAAGUAUGGGAAUAUUUUUGUCCACUUAAUUGGGAAAGGAUCCUUCUGAUCGCAAGGGUUACAAAACUAGUAAUUAAAACAUGCAAGUAAAUGCACUCACAACUGAACAUUUCAGUAUCAGUUGACUUCAUUUUGGUGCUUAUUUUCCUACUAAACCAACUUGGAUGCUACAAAUUGAAUGGGCAGAAAUAUAAAACAAAAAGACGUUGACAUGUUCCUCACAUUUUCCCCCUUUGUUAUUUCCAAAUCUUUAACCAGUGUUAACUGCUAGUCUAGAGCUCCUGAGCCUGAGGUGUUUAAAUAUGUGGUGUAACUGACUGGAGCAUGAGUUGAUGCAGGCUUACUGUAAAACCUUACUGCUCAUUUGUCUACAGAGUAUAUUUUUGUAAAUAUGUAUGAUAUUGCUGUGAUUUCUUUUCAGUUAGUAUGUAGUUUAAGUUUUUUUGGUUUUUGUUUUGGUUUUGUUUUUUGUUUUUUUUGUUAAUACAAGGGUAAGUGUGACUAUUUCUUUCCUGUGGUGCACAAAACUAUUAGACCAUUUUGUAAAUAUGUAAAUUUGAAUACAGGCCGUGAUAGGUCUGCUGGGUUUAAGUUUUUGCAGAUGUCUUAGCACUAUUACUAUUGCAGUGAUUAUAUUGUGGAGGGGGUUGAUUGUUGCCAGUUUUCAGUACUAAUUUCGUUUAGUGCCACCUGAAAAAAGCCAUUUUUGUUAUUUGCUCUCAAGUCAUUAGAGAACAUGAAUUCUCAAUUUUAUGCAAGAGGCUGCACAGGCUUUCUCAAACCAAAUCUGUGCUGGAUGUCAACUGUAAUGCUUUUUUUCAGAUUAUAUGCCCACCUUAAAAUUGCUAUGUUGAUUUUAAAUCCCUGAACAUAUUCUCUUUGCUGCAUGAAUAGUUAUCACCAUUCCAUCAAAUUCAAAUGGUGAGAAGGUUCUGGUUUGUAAAUUGGUCUAAAUGGACACAUUACCACAGUUUAUAAAUGUCCCUUAACAGUUUCCAUAUUGACAUUUGGGAAGCAAACUCAGUGUCAGCAUUGGGGAGUUAGUGUAUGAUUGAUGCAGAGGUGGUUAGGAACUCAUUAACUAAUUGGACUAUCAUUGCCAAUCAUGUGCAGUAAUUAAAAAAAAAAAAGCACAGAAUGGCCUUCCACAAAAUGAUUAUUUUCAGCUAAGAACAGGGUUGUCAAAUAAGUUUUGUAAACCUGGUUCAUUGCUGUUUUGAAUAUGCUCAUUGUAGAUCACUGUUCAAGCACAGCAUUGAUGAUCUCAACAUGUUCUUCUUCCUUCUCCAUUGAUCUUACCCCCUGACUUCUCUCUGUUCCCUUCCCCCUUCUCUAAACCUUUCUCUUACACACCACCAGACCUCUCACUCUUCUGUUUGUAGUACUGCAUUGCAGGAGCAAACGGAGUGCUAAGUGGGGGAACAUCCUCAGCAGCCUCCUCCAGAAGACAGCCGGAGAGAGCCAAGUGUGAGCAAUCCAGUCUUGGUUUGAUCCACUCGAGUUCAAGCCAUACUGCUGAUAAAAUACAUGGGAGCCUCACAUUAUAUGUGCAAAAUGUUGAUUUGCUGCUAAUGUCAUUAGCUGCUGCUAACCUUAAUCUAAAACAAAUUAUUUCUUUGUUACAGUAAACCUAUCAUGUUUAACUUUGAAACCAGCUGUGUGUUGAUGGGAAAGUCAAAGAUUUGUGGUAUUCUGUUUGCCCAGAUGCAUUUGUAUUUUUAAAUAAUAAACACCUCAACAGUUAACUAGUGAGAGUUGUUGAUGCUGUUUAUAAGAGUAAAAUCAUUUUUUCCCCAGUAUUUAGCAGUUUGGUAGUAUUUAUUUUUAUUUUUGCAUAGAUGUGGGGACUUACUGUAAUCGGAUCUGUGAAAAUAAUUUGCUGUAUAGUUUGAGAAUUGUUUCCUCUUUCUCAAAAUGGAUCUGGACAUACAGAAUAUCUUCCAUUCUUAUCAUCAAAGUUGACCUAUAUUUAGUACAGUUGCUUUUUGUUUUAAUUUAAAUUUUUUGUUUUUGAAGUAUGUGGUUUCAUUUAAGCAGGCUGUCCUUACAUUUUGGAAAAGUGUUGGUGUGUGCGCCCAUGUUGAAUUGCCGUAUUGCUUCACAUGCGAUGGAUUUGUUGAGUGAUGGCUGUUUGCGAUGGCUUGUGUAAAUGUUGGAACCUUUUUACACAGGGAUAAAAUGUAUACAUCUUUUGUCUUUUUCAGCAUUGAGACUACAGAAUAUUUGCUUUUUUAUUUUCCAGUAGAAACUUCACCCCAGACAACUAACAACAUAUAUCUUAAUUUUGAAUGUUUUUCCUCUGAUGCCCCAGUCAUAUUUUUUUCCAGUAUUGUUUUUUUGCUCCCAUGCACUGUAUAUCUCAUCAACCCUUUGUAACUCUUUUCCUUGAUAUUUGGCACUGGAAGACCUCCCAUGUUCCUCACCUCAGCUGUAUUUAUUUCUCACCAUUUUCUUUUGACUCGUUUCCAUUAGAAAUCUCGUCUUUUUCUCUGUUCUCCCUUUUCUCUGUCAACUGGUUCUUAACCUGCAUGUCAUCCCCUCCCAUUUCCUCUUCCCUCCUAUGAAUUUCUAAUCGUUAUCUGUCUCUUCUCAUUCUUCUUUUCCUUUUAUGUUAAGUAUGUUAGUGACAGUGUUUGCUGAGUGCAGCUAGCCACUCUAACUAGUAAGUAUUGUAUUGCAUCUGCAAUGCUUUUAGUUUGUUUCAGCUGACUAACAACUAAAGCUGAAGGUUUAAUGGCAUUGCCCCCUCCCCUCUGCCAUUUUCACACCUCUAUAGAUUUGAUAUGGUAAACUGCCAUUUUGUAAAUAUUGUGUACAAAAUAUCUUUUUGAAGAGCCUAAUAAAAAUAUAAAGGAC